CUCAUCGUCGACCGAGUACGACAAGCAGUCCGUGCUGGACUUCCUGCAGGGCACGGGUGCGCAGGGCUACGUCCCGAAGAGCGGCGAAGUGACAGGCAUAUUGAAGCAGAUGCUUGACAGCUUCGCCUCCAACCUCAAGGAGGUCCAGGAGGCGGAGGCGAAGGCCGUGGCGACCUUCGAGGAGCUGACGACGGCCAAGUCGAAGCAGGUCAACGUCCUCACCGCCGAGAUCGAGUCGAAGACCUCCCGCAUCGGCGAGCUGCAGGUGGGCGUCGUGAGCAUGAAGCAGGACCUCCAGGCAACGCAGGGCAGCCUUGCCGAGGACCUCAAGUUCGCGGAGCAAAUCCAGAAGGACUGCGACUCAAAGACUGGAGAGUGGGAGGAGCGCAAGAAGCUGAGGGCAGAGGAACUUGUUGCUAUCCUCCAACGAUCAAGAUCCUCAACGACGACGAUGCGCUGGACCCGUCCUUAA